AUGCGUCAGCUAUCACCAGAAAUACCUUCACCUGUAAAACCUGCUGAACCAAAAAUUGUUGAUGAUGAUAUUGGAAAUAAAAUACCAGAUGAUGAUAUUGAAAAUCAAAUACCAGAUGAUAAAAUCGAAAUAAAACAUGAUAUAUUAGUUACGGAUUCAAAUGAAACUAAAACUGAUCUAAUUAAUCCAAUGGCAAUACUUUUUGCUAAUGGUCAACCAUUAUUAACAAAUUUUGAAGAAAAAUAUUUAAUAGAUUUAAUAUUAAAAACAACAAAUAAAGAUAUUGAAACUAUUCUUCAAGAAAAAAUUCCUUCUAUUUUACAAAUGAACUAUGGUUCUCAAUCAACAUUAUUUCAAUUAAAUAUACAAUGGAUAUUUGAUUUUCUUCUCAAACAUUUUCAAACAUUAAUCGAACAUAUUCAUUCUCGAGAAUUAUUUGAAAAAAUCUUAAAUAAAAAUAUUGAUAAAAAUAAUUCAACAAUUGUUUUUAAACAUUGGCAAUUACAAACGCUCGUUAAUGAACAUUUAAAAACAAAACAACAAUCAUCAAUGAAUUCACAAAAACGUCGAAUGACUGUUCGACAUAUUAACUUUAAUUAG